AUGGAGUUCAACAAACCGGAAAAUUUGAAGUUGUCCGGAAGCUUAGCGGAAAAUUUCAAAAUUUUUAAAGAUGAAAUAACAGUGUUUUUUGAAGCGACGGAAACCACAAGUAAGCCAAUGAAAACUCAAGUUGCCAGAUUAUUAAAUUUGCUGGGCAUUGAGGGGUUAAAGCUGUAUAGGUCAUUCAAAACAGACAAUACCAAAGAAACAGUGGAUUCUAUUCUACAAGUAUUAGAAGAAUACUGCACCCCCAAGCGCAAUGAAGUUAUGGAGCACUUCAAGUUUUUCACAAGAAAACAAUUGCCAGAGGAGAAUUUUGACAAGUAUUUAUCAGUACUUAGAAAUUUGGUAAAAACUUGCAAUUUCGGGGAAAUAGAAGAUAACUUACUACGAACACAGGUAGUAUUGGGAGUGGCAAGCAAAGAGCUACAGGCAAAAUUGUUAAGGAGUGAUUUACCGUUGGAAAAAACAAUCAAAGUAUGUCAAGCUGUCGAACAGACGGAAACCAAUUGCAAAAUGUUGGCAGACGAUCAACCACAGGACAUUGACUACAUGGAGCGACAGGAGGGAUUCAACAAAAAGGGAACAUGGAGCAGAGGAAAAGAACAACAGGAGCAGCAAUCGCAGAAACAAACGGUAUUUAAUUGUAAUAAAUGUGGUAGGCAUCACGGUAUAAAAGAAUGUCCAGCAUAUGGGAAAGUAUGUAUGAAUUGUAAAAAACAAAAUCAUUUUGCGGCUAAAUGUAGAAAUAAUAAAGAGGUUGAUAUGGUGGAGUGUGAGGACCAAAUAUGUGAAUACUUAUAUCUGGAUGAAAUACAGAAUAAAAAUAGCAACACAUGGGUGGAAAGGAUAAAGAUAAAUAACAAAGACUUUGAAGUUAAAAUAGAUACGGGUGCUCAAUUAAAUGUUAUGCCACAAACAUGUUUCGAGUUAUUAGGUGUAAAAUUGUUAAACAGUAAUGUAGUAAUUAAAGCUUUUGGUGGCACCCAGAUUAAAUCUAAGGGUAAAAUAAAUGUAAUUAUUGAAAAUAAAGAGAAAAAAUUAGCUACUACAUUUGAGAUUGUUGAAUAUAACGGAAUGCCAAUAUUAGGUUAUAAAGAUAGUAAAGGAUUAAAGUAUACAAUUAGUGAAAUUGAAGAAAUAGAAGAAAUAGAAUUAAAGGAAAAAAUUAUAAAAAAAUAUAAGGAUGUAUUUAGUGGAAUAGGAACUUUCCCAGACAAAGUGCAAAUUAAAUUAAAAGAAGGUAGUGUGCCUAUUGCAAAUAACCCUAGAAGAGUUCCAAUUAAAUUAUUAGAAAAGUUGAAAGAAAUGUUAGUAAACUUGUGUCAGAAAAAGAUAAUUGAGAAAAGUGAGGAGCCAAGUGAGUGGCAAAAUAAUCUAGUGUUGAUUGAAAAACCAGAUAAGUCUCUUAGGAUGUGCUUAGAUCCAAAGGAUUUGAAUAAAUGUAUUAUAAGAGAAAGGGUAGAAAUUCCUACGUUAGAGGAAGUAAGAAAUAAGUUAAUGAAUAAAUCAUUUUUCACAAUAGGAGAUCUAAAGGAUGGGUUCUAUCAAUGUGAAUUAAAGGCCGAGUCUAAGCAAUACUGUGCAUUUAGUACACCUUUUGGGACAUACCAAUUCAACAGACUACCAUUUGGCAUUGCAUGUGCUCCUGAAUUAUUCCAACAGUUAACAAACAAAUACUUUGGUAAUAUUAAUAAUGUAUGUGUGUACAUAGAUGACAUUUUAAUUAGUGGGGCAACAAAAGAAGAACAUGAUGAGGCACUUGAAAAGGUAAUGAGAACAGCAAGGCAACUAAAUAUUAAAUUUAAUAAAACAAAAUUUCAGUUCCAAAAAAAUCAGAUUAAAUAUUUGGGUCUCAACUUUAGUCAGAAGGGGGUAGAACCCGACAAAGAAAGAGUAAGAGUGAUUACAGAAUUAAAAAGUCCUACAAACAUCAAAGAGUUGCAAUCAAUUUUGGGCAUGAUAAACUACUUAAGAGCAUUUAUUCCAAAUAUGUCAGAAAUAGUGGGACCAAUGAGAGAGUUGUUAAGAAAGGACAGUAUAUGGGUAUGGAGCAAGGAAUGUGAGGCGGCAUUUAACAGUUUAAAAGAUAUUUUGGCACAAGUACCUACAUUAGCAAAUUAUGACUAUAGGGAUAGUUUUGAAAUACAGUCUGAUGCGUCACAGAAAGCAAUAGGAUGCUGCUUGUUCCAAAAAGGUAGGCCUGUUUAUUAUGCGUCCAGAUGUCUGAGCAGCACAGAACAAGAUUACGCACAAAUAGAGAAAGAAAUGUUGGCUAUAAAAUUUUCCUGCGAAAAAUUUCACCGGCUUAUCUAUGGACAGAAAAUUAUUAAAGUUCAAACAGAUCAUCAACCUUUAAUUUCGAUUAUGAAAAAAGAUAUACAUAGGAUACCACACAACAGGUUAAGAAGGAUGAGAGUAUAUUUAUUGGGGUAUAAUCUAGAUGUUCAAUAUUGCCCAGGCAAAUAUAUGUAUGUUGCAGAUUUGUUAAGCAGAAAUUAUACUACUCAUACUGAGAAAACGGAUAAAACAUUAAAUGAUAUAGUUCACACAAUAGAGGAUAUAAGGAUUGAGUUUAAUAAUAACAAAGAGAAUGAAUUUAAAAAAGCAACAUCGGAAGAUAUAGUAUUAAGCAAGAUAUUACAAUAUUUGAAAAAGGGAUGGCCAGCAAAAAUAGAAGAUUGGGGUGAAAUUAGACAUUUUCAUAAGAUAAGAAGUGAGUUAGUCUGUGAAAAGGACUUGAUAUAUUAUGGUUGUUGUUUAGUUGUUCCACAAAUAAUGCGCAAAUACAUAGUUAACAAACUGCAUGAGACACAUUUGGGAACAACUAAAACAAUAAAGAAAAGCAAACAAAUAUUUUUUUGGCCCGGGAUGGUAUCAGAUAUAACCAACUGUGUGAGCUAG